AUGUGCAACAUUCCGCAUUUGAUCGACCACAUGGUCCAUAGGCAAUUCAACGUCGCUUAUUCCGUCGAGUUUCGGAAGCGAUUCGAGGUGCGCUUCAGAAUGAGAUUCGACGAGAAAUUCGGAGCGGCGUUCGAACCGAGAUUCGACGAGAUAGCGGACCUUGUCUGGGACAAGACUGCCAAGGCCCUUCGCGAGCAAUUGUCCGACAGUGUUCGGCGAGACGCCCACGAGGCGAUCAUGGACGAGUUGGAAGCAGCGGUGGGGGACGAGGUCCGCGAUAACCUGGAGCACCACCUCGACGAGGUUGCUGGGGCCGAGUUCAUCGGCCACCCGAACCCGAGACUAAACGAAAUAGGGCUCCAGGCUAUGCACGACCACAUCUUGCACGAAGUGCUCCACGAGAAAAUCCAGAGGGAGGAGGACUUGAUCGCCCGAUUCGCACCCAUAUUCCAACCGGCAUUCAACGCGGCGUUCCCCGCAUUCUUCGACACCAAGUUUGACGAGGUCCACGCCGCGGUCGUCGAGGCGGAUUCUUCCCGAGCCGCUUAG